ACCAAGAUUUUUCCCCUCAGUCCGCCAUUAAACCUCGAGCUCCUCCGCCCCCGCCGCCCCCGACGCUCGCCGCUCGCCACUCGCCUCUCCGCCGCCGACCAUGGAGGGCAUCGAGUUCGACGCGGGGUCGUCGCCACCUCCCCACGACCCCGCCGCCGCCGCCGAGGACGACGACUUCUGCGGCUCGAUCCUCGCCCGCUAUGGCGGCUCCGCGCGGGACGAGCACCAGCAUCUCUGCGCCGUGAUCGGCGCCAUGUCCCAGGAGCUCAAGGACCAGAACCUGCCCCGCACCCCGAUCGCCUACUUCGGCGCCACCUGCUCGUCGCUCGACAGGAUCCUCUCCGCCUCCGCCGGCCCCGAUCCUCAGGGCCACGUCGUGGAAUCGCUGAUGACGAUACUCUGCCUGCUGUUGCCCAAGGUUGCCGCUUCCAUGGUGAGGAAGAGGAGCCAGUAUAUGUCGGAGCUCGUUCUGAAGGUGGUCCGCGGCGGUUCUUUGCCGCCCGGAGCGGUGGGUUCGGGGUUGAAGUGCGUUUCGCAUUUGUUGAGCGUUUCUAAGGAUGCGAAUUGGUCUAGCGUGGCGCAAUUGUAUGGAGUUCUGCUCGGUUUCCUGACCGACUGGCACCCGAAGAUAAGAAGGCAAUCGCACCUCUGUUUACGGGAUGUUUUGCAAAGCUUUCACGGGAUGCCAGCAGUAGUGCCUGCAAGCGAAGGAUUAACAAGCAUGUUUGAAAGAUUUCUACUGCUUGCUGGUGGAUCAAAAGGCGAUGCUACAGAAGGAUCUAGAGGAGCACAGGAAGUCCUUUAUGUUCUCGACGCUUUGAAAGAGUGUCUACCAUUCAUGUCAUUGAAGCAUACAACCAAUACUCUUAAGUACUUCAAAACCCUUUUGGAACUUCGCCAGCCCCUUGUUACGAGGCGUGUAACAGAUGGCUUGAGUGCUCUUUGUCUAUAUCCAACUUCAGAAGUGUCUCCUGAAGCCCUGCUUGAUUUGUUAUGCUCAUUAGCUCAUUUAGUAUCUACAAGUGAAACAUCUGUGGAUGGCAUGACAUUCACUGCUCGUUUACUGGAUGCUGGAAUGAAAAAAGUUUAUUCCUUGAAUAGGCAAAUAUGCGUUGUUAAGCUCCCUCUGAUAUUCAAUGCACUUAGAGAGAUUCUGCCAUCUGAGCAUGAGGAAGCCAUUUUUGCUUCAGCAGAAACAUUCAAGAGUCUCAUAGACUCUUGCAUUGAUGAAGAUUUGAUCAAUCAAGGGGUAAAGCAGAUCAAGAUACAUGCAAACGCAGAAUCAAGAAAAUCUGGACCCACUUGCAUCGAAAGAAUUUGUGUGACUAUUGAGAGUUUGCUGGAUUAUCGUUUUAGUGCUGUCUGGGACAUAGCCUUCCAAAUUAUUUCAGCUACUUUUAAAAAAUUAGAAAAUAAUGCUUCUUAUCUUCUGAGAGGAACACUUAAGAGCUUGGGAGACAUACAGAAGUUGCCUGAUGAAGAUUUUCCUUACAGGAAACAGUUGCAUGAAUGCGUUGGAUCAGCAGUUGUCGCCCUUGGUCCCGAAAUGUUUUUAAGCCUUCUCUCCCUCAAUCUGGAGUCUGAUGACCUAUCUGAGGUGAAUGUCUGGCUCUUCCCAGUUUUGAAGCAGUACACCGUAGGUGCCCACUUGAGCUAUUUCAUGGAAUCAGUUCUGGAUUCAGUUGGUUUUAUAAAACAGAAAGCACGUAAGCUUGAGCUAGAAGGAAGAGUCGUUUCAGCUAGAAGUGCAGAUGCCCUUGUAUACUCUUUAUGGUCCCUGUUGCCAUCAUUUUGCAACUAUGCUGUGGAUACAGCUCAAAGUUUGAAAGACUUGGAGAAUGCAUUAUGCAAAGCUCUUCGUGAAGAACCUGAUGUUCGUGGUGUAAUAUGUUCCAGCCUGCAACUACUUAUUAAUCAGAAUCACAGGGUUUUGAAUGAAAAUGAUGAAUCUUCAGGCACUGAGUUUGGUACAUCUGCAGAGAAAGCUGUGUCUCGUUACACUCGGCAGGUUGCCACUGAUAAUUUGAGUGCACUGAGGUCAUCUGCUCGUGAAUUUUUGUCAGUUUUGUCUGGAAUCUUUCUGAAUUCCAAAAAAGAUGAUGGUGGCUGUCUCCAGUCUACAAUUGCUGCUUUGUCUUCAAUAGCAGAUAAAGCAGUAAUAUCAAGACUAUAUAAAAGUACAAUGCAAAAGCUACUGAAAGUCACUCUGGAAGCUGCGAAAGUGCGCGAUUCUAGAAAGCCAAACUCCAUGGAAAGUGAUGAUACAUCCAAUGAAAGUUCACCUUCUGUUCUUCGGGGAAAGCUAUUUGACUUGGCUGCUUCUCUUUUGCCUGGAUUGAAUAUCGCAGAGGUUGAUGUUCUGUUUAAAGCUAUACAGCCAGCAUUGCAGGACGCAGACGGUGCUAUCCAGAAGAAGGCAUACAAAGUUCUUUCAGUAAUGCUUAAGAAUUAUGAUAGGUUUCUUUCAUCAAAGCUUGAGGAGUUGCUGAAGCUUAUGGUUGAAGUGCUACCCGCAUGUCAUUUUUCAGCAAAACGUUAUAGGCUUGAAUGCUUGUACUUUCUUAUAGUCCAUCUUUCUAAGGAUGGUUCAGACAAAACCAAACCUGAGAUCAUCUGUUCGUUCUUAACCGAGAUAAUAUUGGCUUUGAAAGAGGCUAACAAGAAGACUAGAAACAGGGCAUACGACAUCCUUGUGGAAAUUGGGCAUGCAUUUGGUGAUGAAGAAAAGGGGGGAACAAAGGAAAACUUGCUUCAAUUUUUUAACAUGGUAGCUGGAGGUUUGGCAGGUGAAACUCCUCAUAUGAUCAGUGCUGCAGCGAAAGGCCUGGCUCGCUUGGCUUAUGAGUUCACAGAUCUUGUCUCAACUGCAUACAAUGUUCUCCCUUCCACGUUUCUUCUUCUUCAGAGAAAGAACAGAGAAAUAAUUAAGGCAAAUUUAGGUCUUCUGAAGGUACUGGUUGCCAAAUCUCAAGUUGAUUCGUUGCAGAUGCACUUGGGAAGCAUGGUGGAAGGCUUGUUGAAGUGGCAAGAUAACACGAAAAAUCAUUUUAAAUCAAAGGUUAAAGUCCUCCUGGAAAUGCUAGUCAAGAAAUGUGGCUUGGAUGCUGUAAAGGCUGUAAUGCCUGAAGAACACAUGAAACUCCUUACUAACAUAAGAAAGAUUAAGGAGCGAAAGGAGAGAAAGCGAGCAACGAAUUCAGAGGAAAGCAGGUCUCAUCUGUCCAAAGCCACCACAUCCAGGCUUAGCAGAUGGAAUCAUACAAAGAUAUUUUCCGAUUCUGGUGAUGAAGACAGCUCAGAUGGUGAGACUGAUUAUAUGGACAGUGAGACAAAUAUUGGCAGACGGAGCAGGGCUUCCUCAUUAUUAAAGUCAAAGGCUACUUCAUUACGGUCUAAGAGAUCGCAUGGAUCUGCCAAAAGCCUGCCAGAAGACUUUUUGGACCAAUUGGAGGACGAACCUCUCGAUAUGCUUGAUCGGCAGAAAAUGAGGUCAGCCCUUAGAGGAUCCCAGCAAGGAAAACGGAAGGCAGAGUCUGAUGAUGACCUAGAGAUAGACUCCGAAGGUCGUCUAGUAAUCCAUGAGGGAAAGGGGUCAAAGAAAUCCUCGGCAGCCAACCCAGAUUCAGAUUCCAGGAGUGAAGCUGGUAGUCAUCUUUCCGUGGACUCUUCAAGGAAAGCCCAGAAGCGUAAAAAGACGUCGGAAUCAGGCUGGGCUUACACAGGGAAUGAGUAUGCUAGUAAGAAAGCUCGUGGAGACUUGAAGAGGAAGGACAAGCUUGAGCCCUAUGCCUACUGGCCCCUCGAUCGUAAGAUGAUGAGCCGGAGACCAGAGCAUCGGGCAGCAGCGAGGAAGGGAAUGACAAGUGUUGUGAAGAUGACGAAAAUGCUCGAAGGCAAGAGUGCCUCGAGUGCACUCUCCCUUAAAAGCACUAAGUUUAAGAAGAGGGCAAAUAAAGCCAGCAAAAUGAAAGGCAAGUGAAUAGAAACUGUGACCAUGUCCAGCAUAUUGGAUGCAUUUGAGCGCUUGUGAUUGUGUGAAUUAGUGCGCAGAAAGUUGCGAGAUACCUGGUGCUAGAAUCAUAGACCAAUUGGUUUAUGGUGCAAUUUUGCUGUACAUAUAAUUUAAAUGAAGGUGCAAUAGACUGAGCAUUUUUUUAAGUACAGUUCUUAAA